AUUUAAUGUCGAUCGAAAUCACGGGGGCACGUUGGAUCAAGUGGAAAGGAUGCCGAGUUGCGGCGGUCUGUUCAGGAUCAUUAGACGCCGCCUCGUACUCGGACUGAUAUUCGCUUUGUCGCUCACCUACUGCGCCUUUUCAUUGUUUCGUAACGAGAGGAAAACGUUAACUCUAGAUAAUGACCUGGACGAUAUGGACGCUAUGAUGGUCAAUGACAAUAACGACGACCUAAUCUCCGACGACGAGGUGUUGAUGGAUCAAUUAAAAGCAUCUGGCAAGCCUCUGCUUUGGCAGGCUACUCUCGACCAAGAGACAAACGAUAACCAGAUAAACGUAGAGGCGAUACCUAACUUAAAUGACAGCGAAGUUGUAGCUCAACCUUGCCGCAACUCUGUCCAGGGAAAAGCUCUGAUCGUGGACGAGCGUGGUAUCGUCUGUGGCAGACAAGAUAUUCUGCCGAACGGCUGUUGUAGCAUAGAAGAAAAGAAUUACAAGAACGAGGAAGCCCCUGUGGUAAAAAGAGAGAGGUAUAGUUGUAAAACUUGCAAUGUGCAAGGGUGCUGCGCGAUUUACGAGUAUUGUGUGUCCUGCUGCUUACAUCCCGGCAAGCAAAUAAAAGGCAGGAAGGACAUGUUAUUAGGGCUGCUGAGGGACAACCACAAAGUGCACAGGGACCAAGAUGUUGUGAAGAAACGCUUGCGCAACCUGGACCGUUUUCAAAUUUGUCUGGCUGCGUGUCGCACCUCGAGUGCCAGCGUUCGUCACGAGAACACCUACAAAGAUCCUCAUUCGAAACAUUGUUACGCCCUCCAGCCGCCGUACACCCAUCAAAGACACCGUCGUGAUUCUGAUUCGCUAAAUAAUAAUGGCGACAACUCCGUUGUCGUUGCAUCUUUUUCUGUCAUGCCGUUACUCACCCUUCUCCCUCCUCUCUGCCUCAUCGUCUACCCGAGCAACGACUCGAUUUUGCUACCGUGCAAAUAUUACACCUCUAUCUUGAUCAACUACUACUAUCACGUGGAGCCCCCAUGAGAUGUACUUAUCGUACUCUUAGAGAGAGGACUUCAUCCCGCGCACUAGUUUGGCCUUGAAACGCCACAAGUCCUCGUAUUUCAUCUCGAUACCGGGGGAGAUGCUGGUUACGUGGCUCUUUAUCUCCGUCGCAAUGUUGUUCUGCACAGUUUGCGUCACCUGUUGCAAUUUAAUUAGAACAUUAAGGAAAUUGAUUAAAAUGCGGGGCAAUUUAUUACAGAAAA